AACCAGUGACAUCACAGAGGCGUUUCCUGUUGCUGCUGGGAGGGACCUGCUUCCUUCUCUGUGGGUUCAGUUGGUGUUUUAAAGCGUGAAGCUCUUGCACAAACAAGAUGCUCACAGAUUUGUACCCAGAGAUGAUCGCAUUAGCAGGAAGCUGUGGUGUCUUUGACACAAUCACCAGAAUGUGAUGUCGAAAACCCCCCGAUGGUGAGAUCCCUCAGUGCAGCGGCUCAGGAUGGAGAUAACAGCUCUCUGCGCCGUUAUUGCUUGUCUGAGGCUUUUUCCCAGCAGAUCCCAGUUCUUCCAGUAUGAGUCUGUUACUCUGAGCUGUGAAGGAAACUGGUCUGAGUGGAGAGUCAUGAGAAGUACAUCAAAACAAAUAAGUGAACUCUGUCCCCAGGAUUUAACUCAAGCUAAUAAAUCUGAAUGCUUCUUUUCUGAGCUGUAUGAACACGACUCUGGACUUUACUGGUGUGAAUCUGCAGCAGGCGAACGCAGCGAUUCAGUCAACAUCAGAGUAACAGGUGGGUAAAAAGUGAGCAGGAGCUGAUUUAAUUCUUCUCUGUAACUGAUUCAGGUCGACCUGUUUGUGGUCAGGCAGAGAGGAAAGUCCUCCAGGCACCAAACAGGAUGUAGCUGCAAAGAGAAAAAGUUUUUCACAUCACAUGAAUCGUGAUCAACAACCAGAUGUUCCUAUUGGUGGGAAAGACGAAGAAGAAAACAGGAAGUGGUACGACGACAAUGAUGGCGUGGCCUUUUUAACGAUUUAUUGUGUGAACAAACUUAGUCAGAUGAACCAAUAAUCCUGGACAGUCCUGGACAUCCAGUUAGUGAAGGAGAAAACUUGACUCUUCACUGCAGAUCCAGGCCACCAUUAUCCUCCAAUCUCACUCGUUUCUAUAGAAACGGGGUUCUGGUCGGGGACAGCUCUGCGGGAACCUUCACCAUCCGAAGCGUUUCUAAAUCUGAUGAAGGAUUUUAUAAAUGUAACACCUCUGGAAUAGGAGAAUCAGCAGAAAGCUGGGUGGCUGUAAGAGGGCGCAGGCCUCAAACGCCUACUGCUCCGCUCACAUUCAUACUACUUCCUGUUGUGGCUGGCUUUUUGCUGUUGAUCGCGCUGAUGUUGCUCUGCCACUGGAGAAACCACAAAGGUGGAGUGAAGCGUUCUGUGUCCUACACCGAGGUCAUCAUCUCAGAGGACAGGAAACCUCAGAGAAUCACCGAUAUAAGUUCUGUCCCGACCUUCUAUUCCAGAGUGAUACCAGAGAGUUGCUGAUAACAUGAGAACCAGCUUUAUGGAGGCUCUCCCCUGUGUGUCCAGAAACACAAAACAUUCAUAAUGAUGGGAUCUGGAAGUUUCCUGCUGAGGCUAACAGCUUCCAGGCCUCAUUCACUGCAGCAACACAUGAUGUUUAGAUCAGAGCUCAGAGCUGCUGUUGUUCUACAGAGGAGGAAACUAUGCAGUCGUUACUGGGAGCUAAAAUGGCGCAGGGAGGAGUUCAACUGGACGAAGAAAACUUGUCUUGUUCCAUCUGUUUGGAGCAACUGAAGGAUCCAGUGACUAUUCCCUGUGGACACAGUUACUGUAUGAACUGCAUUAAAAGCCACUGGGAUGGAGAAGAUCAGAGGAGAAACCACAGCUGCCCUCAGUGCAGGAAAGAGUUCAUACCGAGACCUGAUCUGGAGAAAAACGUCAUGUUAGCUGCUUUAGUGGAGGAUCUGAAGAAGACUGGACUCCAAACUGCUGCAGCUGAUCACUGCUAUGCUGGACCUGAAGAUGUGGCCUGUGAUGUUUGUACUGGGAGGAAGAUGAAAGCUGUCAAGACCUGCCUGGUUUGUCUGAUUUCUUACUGUGAGAAUCAUCUUCAGCCUCAUUAUGAAUCUCCUGCUUUUAAAAAGCACAAGCUGGUGAAUCCCACCAAAACUCUCAUGGAAAGCAUCUGCUCUUGUCAUGAUGAGGUGAUGAAGAUGUUGAUGGAUGGUUAUGAAACAAUCUCUGCAGAAGCAGAAAGAGCUGAGAAGCAGAAGGAGCUCCAGGAGAAUCGACAACAAAUCCAUCAGAGAAUCCAGGACCAAGAGAAAGAUGUGAAGCUGCUUCAACAGGGGGUGGAGGCCAUCAAUGUCUCUGCUGAUAAAACAGUGGAGGACAGUGAGAAGAUCUUCACUGAGAUGAUCCGUCUCCUCCAGAAAAGAAGCUCUGAUGUGAAGCAGCAGAUCAGAUCCCAGCAGGAAACUGAAGUGAGUCGAGUCAAAGAUGUUCAGGAGAAGCUGGAGCAGGAGAUCACUGAGCUGAAGAGGAAAGACGCUGAGCUGGAGCAGCUCUCACACACAGAGGAUCACAACCAGUUUCUCCUCAACUACCCCUCACUGCCAGCACUCAGUGAGUCUACACACUCAUCCAGCAUCAACAUCCAUCCUCUGAGAUACUUUGAGGACGUGACAGCAGCUGUGUCAGAGCUCAGAGACAUAAUGCAGGACGUCCUGAGAGACACAUGGAGAAACAUCAAACUGAAGAUCACUGAGGUGGAUGUUCUACUGGCAGAAACAGAACCAAAAACCAGACGUGAAUUCCUACAAUAUUUCCAAGAACUCACUCUGGAUCCGAACACAGCACACAAGAAGCUUUUAUUGUCUGAGGAGAACAGAAAAUGUAAAUGUAUAAGACAGGAACAGUCAUAUCCUGAUCAUCCAGACAGAUUCUCUGAUCAUAAACAGGCUCUGAGCAGAGAGAGUCUGACUGGUCGUUGUUACUGGGAGGUGGAGUGGACUGGGAGACUAGUUGGUGUCGGAGUUUCAUACAAGGACACGAGCAGAACAGAAGUAUUUGGACAAAAUGACAAAUCUUGGUGUUUAUAUUGUGACCUUGUAUGUAACGUAUUUUAUCACAACAACGUUGUAACUUCAUUACCAAGUUCAGAUUUCGCCACAAUAGGAGUGUACCUGGACCACAGAGCAGGUAUUCUGUCUUUCUACAGCGUCUCUAAAACUAUGACUCUGAUCCACACAGUCCAGACCAGAUUCACUCAGCCUCUGUAUGCUGGGAUUACGCCGAUGUGGUUUGGAUCCUCUGCUGAGUUUAUUAAACCUAAAUAGUCAGCAGUGAUCUGAGGUCCAGUUGGUUAAAAUGUGUAUUUUAAUUCCAGGUCUUUAUUUCUUCACUGCUCAGAGAUCAGAUGUCUUUAUGGAGCUACUUUAUCAUCUUGUUUGUUUUGUUGAUGUUGGAUUUUGUUUGGGUGCUGCCCCUUCCUGUUUCUGAUCUAAGGAUUUUUAUUCACCACCUGAUUACAUCUGCAGUUAUUACUCUGUCAGACCAAAUGUUGACCAAAUCCAUGUGUAGAUGAUCUGAUGGAAACAUGAUGCCAUAAACAUCCUGGUUGUUUUUCUAAUGCUUGUCUUUGCUGAAUUGAGAUUUGCUGCAUUUCAGUUUAUUACAUUUUACUAUUAUUAGUUAAAUAAUCUUGAUGUUGUUCAGUAUUCCAAUUUCUUUCAUCAACAUAUUAGUUGAUUAGAUUUAGAUUUUAUUAUUCACUCGCCACCUGUUUUUGGCUUAGUUGCAUAUUUGUAGUUUAUGUAUACGGUUUAUUGGCUGAGUUAUUUCUUUAAAAUAAAUCCUCAUACUGUGGAGAGAAACUGUUUGUGUUUAUUCUGGUGUGUGUGUCCAGCGUCCGACAUCCUGUGGUGUUAAAAUAGAUUAUUAACAAGAGACUGAAGGUGUUUGGCUCAUUUUCCCUGAUUAUCUUUUCCAGCUUGUUUAACUGUGAGACACUUUUAUUAAUAAUUAUAUUACUAAUAACUUUACAGUCUUAAUUAUUGAUAUUUGUAUAAGCUAAACAUUGUUGGAUCCCUAUUGCACAACAAAACCCUUCACUCAAACAAGAUUCCCUGAUCCUCCAGAAGACUGACAGGCCCACAGCAUCACACAUCUACUACCAUGGCUAACAGUGAGGCUGACAGGCUUUUCUACAUUAAUUGUUGUUUCUUAUUCAAUCCUCCUAUAGUGGUCGUUGGUGAAAACAUCACAGCUACAUUUGAGAUGAAAAGAUAAAACAGCCUUUCUUUUUAUCCUCUCGCUCACAUCGAAACAUUUAGUGUUUAAUGUUUAAAGCCAAAUAUAAAAUCCUCUAACGUCUCCAUCAUGGCCGACAGCAGGCAACAGAGAUGAGUUGAUGUGUCAGGAGGAGUUUAUGGGACAUGAUCAAUGAGUCACAGCUUUGAAUCCUGUGACACAAAUGAACAGGGACCUCUAGUGGCCACCUCUCGGUACUACAGAGAAAAACUAAAAUAAACUGGGUUGCGUCAGGUGGCAGCGGCAGGAUUAUUUUAAACUGACAAACAGAACAAAGAAAAAUAUAAAGUCCAGUGUUCAUGAAGGGAGGAAGAUAAAAAGAGAUGCAUAGAUCUAAAUACUAUACAGAAAGAGAAGGAGCUUCUUAAAGAGACAGUGGCCCAAUUUCAACAGGUUAAAUAACACGUUUUUAUACCAAGGUAACAGUAUAUUGUGCUACAAAAUGGCGCUAUGUGACUAGAAAAUACCUCUUUUAACACAUGCAGGAAUGUUCACAGAUAGACACGAGCACCACCUAGUGCACCACUAGGUGGUGCUAUGUGACUGGAAAAUACCCCAGUCACCAGUAGGUGAGCUAGUGCACCUAGUGGUGUUGGUGCCUCUGGAGGGGCAGGGGCUCAAAGUUAAAAAGGGUCACAUUAAA